AUGGUCCGUGACAAGGACAAUGUAUUGCAGUCAUGCCGCGCGUUAAUUGAUUCGGGCGCACAGUCUACUCUGGUUUCAGAGGCUUGUGUCCAACGUUUACACUUGAAUCGUACGAACGACAAGACAUUAAUUUAUGGUGUGGGUGAUAGUAACACCAACUAUACAAGGGGACGAGUUCAGCUUGAAAUCUUUGCUCCAGGAACAAAAGGAACCAUCAUAGUUCAGACGUACUGUUUGUCAAACUUGACCCAAUAUCUUCCGUCUCACACCGUCGACAAUAAUGAUCUACAGUUCUUCAACAACUUACAUCUAGCUGAUCCUGAAUACUUCAAGAAAAACAAAAUAGACAUAAUCAUAGGUGCUGACGUAUUUGCUCACUGCAUUUUGGAAGGUAAAGUUACUCAUCCAUCCGGAUCUCCAAUUGCUUUGAAUACCAUUUUUGGGUGGAUAAUAAUGGGAAAUGUCAAUGAAGUCCAGCAAUCAACAUUUGUUGCCCAUAUAUAUUCAGAUUUGGACAUGCAGUUACAAAAAUUUUGGGAUACUGGAUACUGUCAACAUCCGACCAAACACUUGAGUCAAGAAGAGGAAAUGGCUGAAAGACACUACACAGAGAAUGUUGAACGCCAGGAAGAUGGAAAAUACAUGGUCAGACUUCCCUUCAAAUCAAGUCCAGUUGAACUCGGCGAGUCUAAAUGUUCAGCAUUAAAAAGGCUGGAAUCAAUGGAACGUAAAUUUGCAAGGAACCCGGAACAUAAAGAGGAGUUUCAUAAGUUUAUGGAGGAAUACGAACGUCUUGAGCAUAUGCAGCUCGCCCCAAAUGGUGAAAAACAAGCGUACUAUAUGCCUCACCAUGCUGUGCUGAAGCCUUCAAGUACAACAACGAAAUUACGCGUGGUGUUCGAUGCAUCCUGUAAAACCUCGAACAACCUUUCCUUAAACGAUCAAUUGCUUGUUGGACCCACAGUCCAGAACGAUCUCUACACAAUACUGCUUAAAUUUAGGAAAUUUGAAAUAGGAUUUACAGCGGACAUUGGAAAGAUGUAUCGACAGGUGACGAUACAUCCAGCGGAUAGACAAUUUCAAACAAUUUUAUGGCGAAAUUCUCCAGACGAGGCAACAAGGGAAUAUCAAUUGACAACUGUAACUUACGGAACUUCUGCAGCCCCAUUUUUGGCAACACGUACACUGCAACAAGUGGCCAUUGAUAAUUCUACAGAGUAUCCAACUGAAUCGCAUGAAAUCAUCAAUAAUUUCUAUGUCGAUGAUUACAUGUCCAGUUCACCAGAUUUGGAGUCAGCAAACUCUCUUCGUAUUACACUAUGUUCCAUAUUAUCCAAAUCAGGAUUUAACUUACGUAAGUGGUCGUCAAACUCCCAACAAUUUCGGGAAAACAUAGAACCUGUUGAUAGAGCAUUUUCAUCGGAUACAAUUAUUGAUUGUUCGGAAACUGUCAAAACUUUGGGCUUAUUGUGGAACACGACGACUGAUUUCUUCCAGUAUAGCGUUUCAUUAAUGGAAUCUUCUGAUAAGAUCACGAAACGUCAUAUUUUAUCGGAGAUUUCUAAAAUUUAUGACCCUAUUGGAUGGUUGGCCCCAAUGGAUGGUUCAACUGCAACAUCCCUACUAACUGCAAAGACAAGGGUGGCUCCUAUAAAGCAAAUCACACUACCCCGUUUGGAGCUAUGUGGAGCUCAGCUUAUGGUUAAACUGAUGAUUAAAGUAAAGGUUGCCCUGAAUUUGAAGGAUGUCAACAUACACGGGUGGACUGAUUCUACAGUAGUACUAGCGUGGAUAAGCGAUCAUUCUCGGCGCUGGAAAACAUUCGUUGCCAACCGUACUUCGUAUAUAGUGGACAAUUUACCUGCAAGUAAUUGGCACCACAUUGCAUCGAAACUAAACCCAGCUGAUCUAGCUACCAGAGGUAUUUCUUCUACAGAUCUAAUCAACAACACUUUAUGGUGGAAAGGCCCAAACAUGUUGCAGAAUUAUACUAAUCAACCUCAUUCAGUACAUCAAAUCUCAGAAGCAGUUCUUCGCGAGGAAAAGAAAACUAUGAUUGCUACAGCAACUUCACAUGUGAUCAACGAUAUUGAUUUAAUAGACCGGUACUCCAGUUUUACUAGACUCAUCCGUAUAACAGCUCGUAUAUUGCGUUUUAUGCACAACUGCACAUCUAGGAAAACAAAUUUGGAAAGGAAAUCACAACUACGGAACUUGAAACAGCGAGAAGAUCAUUGA